AUGCCUGCAGUUGAAGGGAUUGCUUGGACGAUCUAUGGCAUCGUAGCAGCACUUCUGUUCUUGUUCAGCAUAGGAUUUACAAGAUACUUUCAGAACAAAUAUGAAUCCGAGUUCUUUGCAACAUGCAUCACUAUAUUGGCACUGGGCCUCGUAUUCUCAACAUUGGCUUUAUUACCAGUGGAUAUAUUUUUGGUAUCCUCGACAAUCGACCAAGCAAAGGGACUGAAAAAGGAUUGGGCAACACCGGAUGCUAUUGAAACCAUGACAUUGACGAUGAGCAUCGUGUACUAUGUUUGCUAUGGUCUGAUCACCCUAUUCAGCUUCUUGUUGAUCCCAUUUGCUUACUUCUUUUACGAGGAAUACGAUGAUGAAGAGUCCAUCAAGGUUCGCAUCUGGAGUGCCCUGAAAUACACUUCAUUCUUUGUGGUUAUUUCUAUCCUGCUGUUCUUGUUUGGAUUGUUCUUGAAGCCAACAACAAAGGCACCCAAGAUCGAUCUGGAUUGGUUCAAAAAGCUAUUGACAGAUAGUCAUGGUGAAAAGGCGAUUACAUUUGUCGUUGCCAGCCUUGUGUUACUCGGCAUGCUUGUAUUCAUUGCUUACACAGCACCCGGACUCUCUUUAUUACCAAUCAGUCUGAUCAAAGGUCGACAACGUAUUGAUGCAGAAAGCGAGGAUGUUGAGAACCGUCUAACCGCAACAAGAGAGAGACAGCGCGUGAUUCGAUCAAAGUACAUGAACCGAGCUAUGCCUAAUAGAGAUCAACGAGAGAUUGAGGAAUUGGAAGACGAGGAAAGGAUACUAUCCAGAAGAUUGCGAAGCAUCCAACAAGAUAAGACUAGCUUGGUACAAAGGAUCCUAUCUCUGCUUCGACCUUUUGAGUUUCUACUUGGCGUCCUGUUAUUGUGCUUUACAGUUGUAUUGGUUGUCUCGAUCUUUUUAACCAUUGUAGACAAGAUUGCUUUUGCCAUUUGUGGAAGUCAAUGCGGCUAUGUGAUUCAUCAUUCAAGCAUGUUUAAUCCUGUUAAUUACAUCUUUAUCAAGCUGCAAACGGUAUUUCCAUUGGACUACGUAUUCAUGGUUGGUCUGAUUCUCUAUUUCUUCUUGGCCACCAUGUCAGGUGUCAUUCAAAUUGGCGUGCGAUUCCUUUGGGUUACAUUGUUCCGCAUAAAAAAGGGCUCUACCGCACCGCAAGGAUUGCUCGUCUCGGCUGUUCUUUUAACACUGAGCCUGUUGGCAUUGAACUACACAGUAACAACGACGGUAGCACCAGGUUAUGCGCAUUUCGGAAGCCAGGUCUAUUGCAAUUUCACAAAUGCCAUGGGAGAUCGAGAUUGCAGUGAGCAUGUCGAGAAGAUAGUGCAUUGCGAUAUCUACGGGCCAACAGAAAUAUGCACCCCUACAGUGUCAUCUACCAUGGUGGAUAGAGUCAUUGUAAACACACCAUUUUUUGGCAUCUUUUUUUACUACUCGCAGUGGGUAUUUUUAGGUGUUUUCAUAAUUGGAUUCGUAGUAGCUCUGUUCAGAGGACCAAGAAAUAAUGUAGAUGCUGAUCUGCAGGAGCUCGUGGAUGAAGAAGAAGAGGGUUUGCUGCGAUACCAUCAUCAUGGCCAAUACCAAACAACAACAUCUUGA